AUGGAGGCAACGAACCAGAGCUUGCUGUAUCAGCUAGCCUUUCUCUCCCACCUGGACAAAACGAGCGCACUUGAAAGUAUAAAGACUCAGUGCAAACAAUAUGUGGAUAAGAGUUCAAAAGAGGUGCUGAUCGAAACCUCCGUGUACAGAUUCGUGGUUGAAGUUUCCCCAUCUGAUUUAAUGGACGAAUGUGCUGGACUGUGUAACAAGCUGCUCAAUGAACCACUGAAGAUGGUGAAUCUAUUUCAAGAGGUUGUGCACAGCAUUGUGUCUGCGUUGGAGUUGCUACCAUCCUUGGUGUCUUGCUGUCAGCUGAUGAUAGUUGUUAGACUUGUAAGUCUUCCCAAAUUCCCGAGAAAUGACUUCAUCUGUCCACACUGUGGAGCGGAACUUCUGGAAGACGUUCACUGCAGAAUCCUGGCUGACAAGGUUGUGGCAAAUGUAGUGAGCUUGGAAGCUUUGUCACCUGGUGUAACGAACAGAAGAUUUCAGUCAAUACCCAUCUACGUGAGAGAUGAACUGGUUGCCAUGGUGACGCUCGGUGGUUCCUUCGUCGUGCUGGGCAUUCCCGUGUAUGACCACCAGGAAUCAAACCUGGGACUCGCUAUCGAAGCAAACAACAUCUUGCCAGUAACAUCGCAUUACACCGAUCCUGUUCCGGUCCUGCUUCCCGACUCUAUCCAGAGACUACUAAUAGACAGGCAUGCGUCACCAUGGAGCAUAGCAGUGAGUCUUGCUUACAUCUUUGCCUCAGAAGUGUGCCCUCCCCCCUGCUUCUUCAGACUCAAGCUGGGAUUACUACUCGUCCUAAUGACAACAGGAGAGCUGAAAAAAGAAGGAAAGAUACCACUGAGCAUCCUAGCUGUUGGCGUUAACGACACGAUCAUACACCGGUUACUGGUGUAUGCUGCAAGCUUCACAGACCGCACUGUUCACCACACCACUAGGAGCAAUCUGGUGGCCUCUGUAAGCAAGGACCCACAUGGCACAAGCACGCACUGCGUGGAAGCAGGAAGCCUGCUACUGGCACAGGGAGGAAUAUGCGUUCUGGGAGACAUCGCACACCUAAAGAGAGAGAAGGACGUGCUCAGGCAAGUGCUGGAAAGUGGAAAGCUUACUGUUACGAUCCCCCCGAAGUACAGCGAGGGUCUCCCCCAGCAUGUGCCACACCCUCUACAGUGCUGUAUAUGGGCACAGAACGACCCCACCUUCGCUAAGAAAACACCAGCGCAGCCUGGUGGCGACCUGUUCACUCACAACUAUGUUGGGGAGGAGGUAAAGACACUGGCAGAUUGCUUUGGAAUGGUGUUCUUCACGGAUAGUGUUGAUCAAGCGGCAGAUGCCUACGCCGAACAGCUGCUCAUCCACCAAACACUUUCUAGGGCUAUAGAUGGCACCUCCACAAACAAGCCGAGUACAGAGAUCACGGAAGCUGACCUCAGAAAGUUUGUAGAGAGUGUGAGGCACGGGGAGGUUGCCAUGACGAUGGACGCUGAGAGACUGCUGCAGGGAUACUACGUGGCUGGGAGGCGAGUUAGAUCCACGAGUCUCCACGGUACCCAGUUUCCAAUCACUGCAAUGUCAACUUUGUGA